AUGCGAUUCACCGUCCUCUCCACCACUCUCCUGGCUCUGGCCCAGUACACCUACGCGGUCCCCGUCGAGGCUGCCAAGGCUGAUGCUUUGGACGUUACUCUGAGCCACGUUAGUGACACCCGCAUCAAGGCCGUGGUCAAGAACACUGGCAAGGAAGACAUUACCUUUGUCCACCUCAACUUCUUCCGCGACAGUGCUCCCGUCAAGAAGGUCGCCGUCUACAAGGACAACCAGGAGGUCACUUUCGAGGGUAUCCUCCGUCGCUUCAAGACUCACGAUCUCACCUCCGAGUCUCUGACCACCCUCGCUGCUGGUCAGACCCUCGAGGAUGAGUUCGACAUUGCCUCCACCGCCGAUCUCGGUUCCGUUCCCCUCGUCCACGAGGGAACCGUCUCCGGCUACAUCCCCUACAACUCCAACGAGCUCAAGAUUGAGGUCGACGGUGGCAAGGCUGCCCAGGUCGAGAAGGCCGUCAAGACCCUCUCCAAGCGCACCCGUGAGACUUGCAGCAACUCCAGCCGCCGGAGUGCUCUCAACCGGGCUUUGAGCAACGCCGCCCAGUUGGCCACUGCUGCAGCCAACGCGGCCCAGUCCGGCUCCGCCUCCAAGUUCCAGGAGUACUUCAAGACCACUUCCAGCUCGGUCCGCUCCACCGUCGCUGCUCGUCUGCGCGCCGUUGCCCGUGAGGCCUCCUCCGCUUCCUCCGGUGCCACCACCUACUACUGCACCGACACCCUGGGUUACUGUGAGACCAACGUUCUGGCCUACACUCUGCCUUCCCAGAACAUUGUCGCCAACUGCGACAUCUACUACUCUUACCUGCCGGCUCUGGCCAACACGUGCCACGCUCAGGACCAGGCCACCACCACCCUGCACGAGUUCACCCACGCUCCCGGUGUCUACAGCCCCGGCACCCAGGACAACGGCUACGGCUAUGCUGCUGCCACUUCUCUGAGCAGCAGCGGUGCCGUCAACAACGCUGACAGCUACGCUCUGUACGCCAACGGUUAG